AUGUUACUGCCGAUCCUUCUGGCCGUCCUUGCCAGAGCCAGCCCCUUACUAUCCUUGGAAUGUGGGGGUAAGACCUCAUCACCAGUCACUUACCUGGUCUCGCCUGGCUACCCUCAUCCAUACAGUGCGCCCCUACUGUGUGACCUGGUAGUGGAGCCGGCCUCACCCUCAGCGUGCAGUAUGGUCCUGGAUCUCGGUCACCUUACUCUACCCCCUUGCCUGCCACCACCAUCACCCUUCCGGUGGGGUUUGUUUGUCGGAGGCAGACCUCUAUGUGGCACUCAACGCUCUGUGGACGUUCUCCUUCAACGGCCUCACACACUCAUCAGCUUCAGGGGAAACCCAGAAGGUGGUGAUGGUUUCAACAUAACUGUGAAACAGCAGGAAUGCAAGAGUCGACAGACCAACACCUGGUGUGGAGGGAACUACUCAGGAGAGAAUGUCCUUAUCGUGAGUCCAGGAUACCCAACAGGUUAUCCAGCAAACUUAGAUUGCAAAUACAGGAUCAUACCAAGUAUACCCCGGAAUCUGCCAGAUGGAGGUGAGAUUUGAAGAAUCCGCGCUGGAAGAGUCAAUAAAUUGCACCAAAGAUAGUUUGCAGAUCAAUGGAGAACGUCUGUGUGGAGAACUUUUAGGUCCAAGGAUUUAUGAAGUAGGGGAUAGCCUAGAGAUCAGAUUCAUCACUGACUCAGAAGGAAAUGAUAAGGGAUUCAGACUUACAACGAGUGAGAAACUAUGCACAGACUCUGUUCCCCUGGUAGUAAAUGAAUUCCAAGGGGACGAUAAGCAAGAUGUUGACGAUUGCAUACCACAGGAUACAAUAGAAAUCUACCCUGGAGAUGCACUAGAAGGCUAUAAUUACCCAAAGCCGUACCCUCUGUUUUCUUUAUCAAGCGGUCCAGCUCAAGGUGGAUCUUUUAAACAACACGUUCCUAUAGAAAACUCAUGGGUUAAUGGAGUUCCAUUAGAAAAUACUAACCAAAUCUUACCACCCAGUAAACAAUAUCUUAAAUCGAAUAAUUUUGAUACAUAUUUUGGAUAUAAUCCUGCUCAGGUUCCAAAUAUGAUUGGAAAUCUUCCUCCUCGAAUUUAUUACCCUCCAACAGACACAAGAAUACCUGUAGGAUAUGAAGGAUCAUCCACGUUCUAUUCUCGAUAUCCAUGGUAUAGCUCUCCUGGAUUUUCAAAUAAACCAACUGCACCACAAUCACCAAUGCAUUUCUUUUGGCCGCCAUCCCCAGGUUUUGGGACCACUGGUGGGCAAUGUUGCGGCCAGAUCUACUCUGACAGUCACUUCCUCAUAGUCAGCCCUGGAUUUCCAAGAAGCCAGUCUUCGGACUGCAUCUACACCGUAAGCAGAUACAGCCCACUGACAGCCCAGCUCCGUUUUCAGUUCAGGUAUUUCUGGACAGGUGAGGACAUUGGUACUGGUUGUAGUGGAGGAUACCUGGAAAUAGACGGAACCAGGGUGUGUGGAUGUAAAACUGGAGUCAUCUGGACUUCACAAUUCUUUGAUUCAGAAAAUUCGAAGACCCUCCAUCUCAGGUUGGAUUCUUCGAGUAAUAAACUGUUUAACGGAUUCGUCAUCGAGGUUUACCAGGACGAUUCGUACUCUCAGAGAUACAAACGCGCCAGUGGGGUCGCCUCUUUUAGUAAAGGAAGUGUUUCGAACCUCAGUCAGUAUAUUGAAACAACGGUUGAACGAAACCCGGUUCCUGCGAGGGUGGAUGAUUACCGACUGGACGGAACCUCAGAGGGUUUCUUCGUUUGGGAACCUUCUUUACAAUCUGGGACACCUCCAAACAACUUUCUCUGUCUCAGAUGGAAUCUUCAGGACUGGCUUUUGUUGAUCAAGGAAAGUCUUUGGGCCCGAUAUCAGUGUCCUGUUCCAUCUUCAUCUUCUGUGUCAACUAUAGACGUAUCAACAUCCAGCGGCAAUCAAGACGUGCCUUGUCGAACAUGUCUGUAUUUUUGUAGGCAGAAAUGUGAGUGUUGUUGAUAUCCUAGAAUAAAAACUACAUUUAUUUGAAAUUAAUCGUAAAAUAAUGUAUUGUAUAUAUUUAGUUAUCAUAACUCAGAAAACUUAAUUAAUUAGUUUAAUUUAGUCAACUUAAAUUUUGAUAAUAUGCUUAGCAGUUUUUUUUUUCAAAUUAAAAUACUUGAAAGAAUGUUUUUACUUCCCUCAUCAUGAAUACAUUAGAUUCUUAAGGUGUCUCUGGAUAUGUAUCAAGUAGACCAUGUAUUAUUUUAUCCUCAGAAUAUAUUACAUAAGAAAAAAAACUAUAUAUCUAGUAAUUUCUGACUCUAAAGUACACUUCAAUAAGCUUUUAUGUAUAAUCAUUACAUAUUACAUAAAUAACUCAAACAUCCUCACCCUGCUCAAUAUGCUUCACAUAAUGCUUCAGGUAAUUUAGUUAACUGUAUUUAUUUAACUGACCAAUUGUAAUAGGUUUUAUAUAAUGCUUCAUUAAGUGGACGAGAAUAAUAUUUUUAUAUUUUUUAUAUAUAACAUAAUUUACAAAGUAUACGAUUUCUUUAACGAUUAGUUAACUUCAGAUCCAUUUUCAAUACAUAGAAAGGAAUAGGAAAACAUUUUACUAUUUAUUUGAAGCAAUAUUUGAUUUACCAGGGUAAAUUUAUUUUAUAUGACAGACGUCGAAAUUGUAUAACUUCACGUAUUAUAAAUAAAGUGGGGAGGAAAGUUAUCUAUUCAUUUAUACAAAAAUACAUUUUUGGCUUCCAAGACA